AUGGUCGGCCUCCGCGAAUCCGCUGCGCUUCGGAACAGCGCGCUGAGUGCCCGCGAACGCGAGGCUCUCCUCAAGCCCUACCUGCCCUCCAGUCCCGCGAGCGCGAACCCCUCGACCGAGUCCGCCCGCGCUCCGUCGCAAGACGACCGCCGCAAGAAGCCCGUCCGCCAGUUUCUCACCCACAAGCUCUACCUCAGCACCCACCUCGUCAUCCUAGCCCUCUUUUCGCUCUACAUACGCCUGCGAACUGCCUACCAUGCCGUCGGCGACCGCAUAUGGGCCCUCAUGUACUACCACCACCGCGCACCCGAGCUUAUACAGAAGGACGUCAAGCACCUCGACAAGCUGCCCCAGCACCUGAGCAUUGUCCUGGACUUCAACGACCACGAGCAACGCGGGGCAGGCCUGGAGGGAUUGGUCGAUGAUAUCAGCGAGGUCGCUUCGUGGUGCGCCAGUGCCGGCAUUCCUGCGCUGAGCGUCUAUGAGAAGACGGGCAUCCUGAAGAACUACCUCCCGGCCACCCACCGUGCAAUCUCCCAAAGGCUGGAGUCCUACUUUGGCGCUGAGAAGAAGCCCACUCUCUCCCUCCGCGCCCCGAACCUUCCGUCUUUCAGCCCUCCUGCCACACCUCCUGAACCCGCCGCCGCGUCGCCUCAUGAUGCCAAUGACCGUGCUCCUCUCCCGCAUUUGACCAUCCUUCUUCUCAGCGCCGAGGACGGACGCAGCACCCUUGUUGAUUUGACAAAGACACUCACCGAGAUGUCGCAGCGUGACAAGCUCGCGCCGUCUGAUAUUUCCAUGGAGCUGAUUGAUGCCGAGAUCACCGAGAGUGUCAUGGGUGAGCCGGAUCUGCUGAUAAUGUUUGGUCCGAGAGUCGAGCUCAAGGGCUAUCCACCGUGGCAGAUCCGGUUGACGGAGAUCUACCACACACCAGACACCUCAAGCGUCAGCUACCAGACGUUUCUACGUGGAUUGCAUAAAUUCGCGAAGGCCCAGAUGCGGCUUGGUCGGUAG